AUGUCUGAGGAAUAUAUUAUCAAGCCAGAAUCUACUGGCCCAUCAGUUGACACUUCUGAGUGGCCACUUUUGUUGAAAAACUAUGACAAAUUGGAAGUCCGUAGUGGUCAUUAUACCCCAAUCCCUACCGGUUGUUCUCCAUUGAAGAGAGACCUCAAGUCCUACAUUUCUUCUGGUAUCAUUAACUUGGACAAGCCAUCCAACCCUUCUUCCCAUGAAGUUGUUGCCUGGAUUAAGAGAAUUCUCAGAGCUGAAAAGACCGGUCACUCUGGUACUUUGGAUCCUAAGGUCACCGGGUGUUUGAUUGUCUGUGUCGACAGAGCCACCAGAUUAGUCAAAUCUCAACAAGGUGCCGGUAAAGAGUAUGUUUGUAUUGUCAGAUUGCACGAUGCUUUGAAAGACGAAAAAGACGUUGCCAGAUCAUUGGAAAACUUGACUGGGGCUUUGUUCCAAAGACCACCAUUGAUUUCCGCCGUCAAGAGACAGUUGCGUGUUAGAACCAUUUACGAUUCUAAGCUCAUUGAAUUUGACAACAAGAGAAACUUGGGGGUUUUCUGGGCCUCUUGUGAAGCUGGUACUUAUAUGAGAACCUUGUGUGUCCAUAUGGGUAUGUUGUUGGGCGUUGGGGGUCAUAUGCAAGAAUUGAGAAGAGUCAGAUCCGGUGCCCUUAGCGAAUCCGAUAACUUGGUUACUUUGCACGAUGUUCUUGAUGCUCAAUGGGUUUACGACAACACCAGAGACGAAUCCUACUUGAGAAGAAUUGUCCAACCUUUGGAAACCCUUCUUACAUCCUACAAGAGAAUUGUUGUCAAGGAUUCCGCCGUCAACUCUGUCUGUUACGGGGCUAAGUUGAUGAUCCCAGGUUUGUUGAGAUACGAGAAAGGCAUUGAAUUGUACGACGAAGUUGUCUUGAUGACCACCAAGGGUGAAGCCAUCGCCAUUGGUAUUGCCCAAAUGUCCUCUGUUGACUUGGCCACUUGUGACCACGGUAACGUUGCCAAGGUCAAGAGAUGUAUCAUGGAAAGAGACACCUACCCAAGAAGAUGGGGUUUGGGUCCAAUUGCUCAAAAGAAGAAGCAAAUGAAGACCGAAGGGAAAUUGGACAAGUACGGUCGUGCCAACGAAAACACUCCAGCUUCAUGGAAGAAGGAUUACGUUAGUCUUGAAAACGUCGAACCAGCUGCACCAUCUACUGCUUCUACUACCGAGCCAGAAACCGCCAAGGCUGAAGAACCAGCUGUUCCAGCCAAGAAGGAAGAAGAAGAACAAGUAGAAGAAGAAUCCGAAUCAAAGAAGGAGAAGAAGGAAAAGAAGGAAAAGAAGAGAAAGGCCGAAGCUGAAGAUGAAGAUGAAGAUAAGAAAUCUAAGAAGUCCAAGAAGGAGAAGAAGGAGAAGAAGGAGAAAAAGGAAAAAAAGGAAAAGAAAGAAAAGAAAAGUAAAAAAGAUUAA